GGUGAAGUCGUAAUUUUAGCUUACGAAGAAAAACACCGUUUGUUGGUUUCUCUCCAUUCCCUUGUACCUCAAAUACAAGGUCCUCAACCAAUCUGCUGUAUUGUCAUGGCAGUAUCAAUAUCACCCUCGUAUUCAAAUUCAUCCUCAAUUCUACCAACCCCAUCAAUUACAAAAUCCCCUUUUCGCAUUUACCCCCUUCACAGCCUCAAAUUUCCAUUUUCAUCCCUCAAAUCUCAGUCAUCAAAAACUUACCCUAAAAGAACAACCAUUCUUGUUUGUGCAGCAGAAAAUGGGAAUAACGAUACCGUUAGUUCAGAUAAAGAGGUAAAGGAAAAUGGGAGUAAUAAGAAUAAUAAUGGUGGAAGGCCCAGAUUGAAUUUGAGAUGGGUGGAUCUGAUAUUGGACCCGGACCCGGAUAAUAUUGUGGCAGUUGGAUUAACGGGUCUGCUGACAUGGGCUAGUGUAAGUAUAUUGUGGCAGCUAUUUGUUAUAGCAUUAGCUAUUCUGCUUGCUGCUCUUAAGUACUCUUUUAUUGCUGCUCUUCUUAUUUUUAUCCUUAUUACCCUUCUUUGAUCCCUGGUUUGUCCAAGUAUUUAGCUAUUUGGUACGUAAUCCCCAUUUUGUGCACUAAAUUUUUAGUGUAAAGAUAGUAUAUGAAAUAGUAGUAUUUUCUUUUGUUUAGCUUGGACUAUCAUGAUUAAAUUGAACUCCAUUGUAUCUUCUUGCGCUUCUACUUGGUUAUGGUGUGAAAACGAA